UUCUUGGUGAAAGUACGCCUCAAAAAACCACUCCAAACCGCCACACACGCCGUUGGUUAUAGUUGGAGAACUCUGCACUCCGUUCAAUAGCAAAAACCCUAACCGUAACUACCGAUGGCGGACGAGGCGGUUGCCGGCGCCGCCGCCGCUCCUCUUGGUUCGUCGGUGAUCUCGCUAGUGAACAGACUCCAAGACAUCUUCAGCCGCGUCGGAAGCCACUCCGCCAUCGACCUCCCUCAGGUGGCGGUGGUCGGAAGCCAGAGCAGCGGCAAGUCCAGCGUCCUCGAAGCUCUCGUCGGUCGCGACUUCCUCCCUCGCGGCAACGAAAUCUGCACGCGAAGACCACUCGUUCUCCAACUCGUCCAAACCAAAUCCUCUACUGAAGAGUUUGGUGAGUUCCUCCACUUGCCUGGUCGCAAGUUCCACGACUUCUCCCAAAUCCGUUCCGAAAUUCAGGCUGAGACUGAUAGAGAAACGGGAGGGAACAAAGGUGUAUCGGAUAAACAGAUUCGUUUAAAGAUUUUUUCGCCGAAUGUUCUUGAUAUCACGCUUGUGGAUCUCCCUGGAAUAACUAAGGUUCCUGUUGGUGACCAGCCUUCGGAUAUCGAAGCUCGAAUUAGAACUAUGAUCAUGUCUUAUAUCAAGACUCCGACUUGUGUUAUUCUGGCUGUCACCCCUGCGAAUUCGGAUUUGGCCAAUUCGGAUGCUCUUCAGAUGGCAGGGAUUGCUGAUCCUGAUGGUAAUAGAACGAUAGGUGUCAUCACGAAGUUGGAUAUCAUGGACAGAGGAACUGAUGCUCGAAAUCUGUUACUGGGAAAAGUUAUUCCCCUUCGACUUGGUUAUGUGGGUGUUGUGAAUCGUAGUCAGGAGGAUAUUUUGAUGAACCGGAGUAUAAAGGAUGCUCUUGCCGCCGAAGAGAAAUUUUUCCACAGUCGUCCUAUAUACAGUGGUCUAGCAGAUUGUUGCGGUGUUCCUCAACUGGCAAAGAAGUUAAACAAGAUUCUUGCGCAACAUAUCAAGGUUGUGCUACCAGGGCUUAGAGCACGCAUAAGUGCUUCACUAGUUGCUCUUGCAAAAGAACAUGCGAGCUAUGGAGAAAUCACUGAGUCCAAGGCUGGACAGGGUGCUCUUCUUCUGAAUAUUCUUUCAAAAUACUGUGAUGCAUUCUCCUCCAUGGUAGAGGGAAGGAAUGAGGAGAUGUCUACAUCUGAGCUAUCUGGUGGAGCAAGAAUUCAUUAUAUUUUUCAGUCCAUAUUUGUGAGAAGUUUAGAGGAGGUGGAUCCAUGUGAAGACUUAACUGAUGAUGAUAUUCGUACAGCCAUACAGAAUGCAACUGGACCUAAAUCAGCACUGUUUGUUCCAGAAGUCCCAUUUGAAGUUCUUGUACGCCGGCACAUAUCUGGACUAUUGGAUCCAAGUCUUCAAUGUGCUAUGUUUAUAUAUGAUGAGUUAAUGAAGAUCAGCCAUUGCUGUAUGGUGACUGAACUACAGCGGUUCCCUUUCUUGAGAAAGCGUAUGGAUGAAGUUAUAGGGAACUUUUUACGGGGAGGCCUUCAACCCUCAAAGAUUAUGAUAACACACAUCAUAGAAAUGGAGAUGGACUACAUAAACACUUCUCACCCAAAUUUUAUUGGUGGAAGUAAGGCAAUAGAAGCCGCCAUGCAACAGACCAAGUCUUCUAGAGUUCCUUUACCAGUUUCUAGGGUGAAGGAUGCCUCAGAAUCUGAUAAGGGACCGGCCUCUGAUAAAAGUGGAAAGCCUCGAGCUAUUCUUGCAAGACAUGCCAAUGGAGUAGUGGCUGAGCAGGGUGUUCGUGCUGCAUCAGAUGUUGAAAAAGUAGUAAUCUCAGGAAACACUGGUGGAUCAAGUUGGGGGAUCUCAUCCAUUUUUGGUGGAGGUGAUAACCGUGUGUCUGUGAAGGAAAAUACAGCUGGAAAACCACCUGCUGAACCAGUUCACAGUGUGCAAUCAUUCUCUACAAUUCAUUUAAGAGAGCCCCCUCCUGUCUUGAGGCCAUCUGAGAGCAGAUCAGAGACAGAAGCUGUUGAAAUCACAGUAACAAAGUUGCUUUUGAGAUCAUACUAUGACAUUGUCAGAAAAAAUGUUGAGGAUCUUGUCCCUAAAGCAAUUAUGCACUUCUUGGUAAAUAACACAAAGAGAGAUCUGCACAAUGUCUUCAUUGAAAAACUAUACAGAGAGGAUCUAUUUGAAGAGAUGUUGCAAGAACCUGAUGAGGUAGCCAGGAAAAGAAAGCGUUGCCGAGAACUGCUUCGAGCUUAUGAACAGGCUCUUCGGGAUUUGGACGAACUACCUCUUGAAGCGGAAACAGUUGAAAGGGGAUACAGUUUGCCUGAAACAACUGGUUUGCCUAGAAUUCAUGGACUGCCAACUUCGUCUAUGUAUUCUACUAGUAGUUCGGGAGACUAUUAUGAAGCUUCUCCAAAGAACCCGAAGUCUAAAAGAUCUUCACAUUCUGGGGAACUCCCGUCACCAUUGCAAACUAAUGCAGAUUCAAAUGGAAGUGGGGGAGCAUACAUGUCAGGAUUUAAUCACAUGGCUGAUGAAUAACUAGCUGAUUUUGUCAGGAAUUUGGCUUGAAGCAUUUUAUUCAUUUUUUUUGCUUAAUGCAAUUUUUGGGGUUCGGAACUUUGCCUCGGUAGCUGGAACUGGACUGCAUUCAGUUACUGUUUCCAACUAAAAUCGUCUUGAGCUUUGGCCAGUGCUUUCUUUGUCCAAAUUGCCUUUUAAUCCCAUAAAUAGCAUUGGCAGUAUUUAUCAAGGCUCCAGAAGGAAUAACAGGAGCUGAUGAUCUUUCACAGUUGAGUCUUUUUUCACUGCAUUCAUGUAUAUUAUUACUACCAUUUUCGUUUUGGGGGUUGGUUAGAUAUUGCUUUUAGCAAUUUUCCAGGUUAUAUCAUAUUAGUAUGCUGUUUUUCAUUUGUUUCCGAGGCAGUUGGAGCCGUGUUCUUGGCUAAGUGACAUGGCUGGAAAUAUUGUGUUUAAUUGCCCCUUCUUUUUUAGUAUUAUAAUCCAUUGUUUUGAAGAAUUCAUUCAUCGCACGGUGGACACGCGUGACACUGUUCUUCUUACUGGUUUACAUCUCGGGAGGAAUGAAAACCAAACUGGUAAAUUGCGGAAAUGAAAAAAAUAAAAAAAUAAAAAUUUAUAGCCUUAUCCUUGCUGG